AUGCCGCGACCCAAAGUCCUCCCAGCCAACCGUCUCCGGGCCCCAGAAGCCUGCCUCGCAUGCCGAGCCUCCAAGAAGCGCUGCAGCGGCAGCUUCCCAUGCACGAAAUGCAUUCGCAAUGGGCGCGCUGACACCUGCGUGCCGUUCCGACGGUCGAACAGCGUUUCUGCUCCGCGGCAGAACGAUGCCUACCGGGUCACUAGUCCUGACGCUGGACGUCGGGCACGGAACACUUCGAGUAUCAACGCUGCAAGUCUUCCGCAGCUUCUGCCGGCUUUGAAUGGCACAUCGGGGGCUCCGCACAAGACUCACUCUCGAAUGCUACGGAAUCGGCAAGGUGAACGAGUAUACAUCGGGAGAGCAGCCUCGCUAUCAUUCUUGCAGCUGCUUCGGGAUAUGGUCACACAACAUAUCGGGCCGUCUCAGUUCUCGCAUAAUGUCACCAAGGAAGAUAUGCUUGAGACGGAUACUCCGGAUGACAUACCGGCGUCGUUCCAGAAUGAUGUUGACCCUCAGGAGGAGCAGGCCUACCUCCGCACUUACCAGAUUGCGACCAGCGGUUUUAUCAAUGUCCUCUCUGACUCGGAAGCCCGUCAAAUGCUAGGAUCAACGCCUCCAACCCACGAGAUACCUAACAAGAGAAUGGCGGCAUUACGAGACAUCAUGAUUGCCAUCGGGGCACAGUCGUCGAAGAAUGAUCUCAGUCCGGCUAUUAUGCGAGUGGAAAGGUUCUUUUUCAAACGCGCACAGCUAUGCGCAUUCGCGGGGAUGUUGGAGAAUCCGAGCAUGGACCUGAUUCGGCUGUUUAUCUUGCUUUCCUUUUACAUGCUAGGCGCUUGCCGUCGAAACGCUGCAUUCAUGUACUUGGGGGUUGCUUCAAGGGCAGCUGCCGCUCUAGGUCUCCAUCUCACUGCCUUCACUCUACCGGACGCAGAUGAGCAGCAGAAGAGGUCCCGAGUCUGGAUGAGCCUUUGCACAUUGGACCUUCUAGUCAGCUCGAUUCUCGGACGACCACCGGCAACAGCUAAUCUGCACUCCGAGCCAGCAGAUAUGGACUCCACGCCGCCUACCAGCGCAGCCGAUGAUAGCCUCGUUGCUUCGUAUAACAUGACCCGAAUCCUCGACGAGAUUGUCUCUCGGCUAUACAAUGAGAAGGCGGCUUCAACAGAAGUUGCUGAAUCGCUACUCGACAAGCUCAAGCAAUGGAGCAACGAUCUCCCCGACUCCCUACUUUCCUCACCCAGCACGCCUCAGGAGCGCGUUGCGGCCCAGGAACACAUCAUCGGCAGCCUCCAUGUUGCUUGCGCUUACCAUUUCGCGGUCAUCAUAGUGACAAGACCAUUUAUGAUCUCAGUCUUGGGGGUCCGACUGGCACGACUACACCAGGGGUCUCCGGGGAUAAUUCAAGACGAUGCCCUCUUGGAGGACCCGGCACAUACGAGGCUCGCCAAUGCCUGCGUCGAGUCCGCAUUGUACAUGAUCCAGACGUGUCUAGAAGUACAUCAGUCCCGUCUGCUGCUGGGCAACAUGUGCAUUCUCAAAGCCCUCGUGUUCGCCGCAGCCCUAAUUCCCGGCUUUUCCAUGUUCUCGCAGAAAGAACUCGACUCGACUCUCGAAGAAGCCUUCACCGGUGCCCUCGAGAUCCUCCGCGUCCUCUCACAACAAUCAGCUCAGGCAGCGCACUAUUUCGAAAUCCUAAAUCUCCUCCGCAACGCAAUCGACGAGCAACGCCAGCGCCUCCGCGAGAACCCUCCACCGGAUAAGAAAUACGUCAGCAAGCUUUUCAGUUUGAACAAUCGUCGAAGUAGCGAUUCUCAGCCGCAGACUUCCUCCACUCCCUCUUUCUCUGGAGGCUCCUCGGCCAACCUACCAGCAAUCCAACCCUCUCUACCUGUCGGCCCUGGUGCCGGAACUACGUACGCAGAGCCGCAGAAUCAAGCUCCAGGUGCAGAUCAGAAUACAGGUCUGUUCGACGCGGCGGACGUCGCUGCCGGGUUUCCCGGGUGGGAGGGCAUGGAGUUGCCGCUAUGGGACCGGUUCCCGUUCAUCGAUGAUUCGUUUUUGAAUUAG